AAAGAAGAGCGAAAAUGGCGGAGUCACUUGUUUGCACGAGUUUCACGCGUAAAGCGGCGAGAUGCUUAAAGACAAAAGCGCAAGUGUUGCACUUUUCCGCACUGCUGCAGCGUUGAUUCUAGCGUGUUGUUUGGUCCACAGGGUCGACUGUUAUCGUCUGAAGAAGGCAGACAAAAGAAAAUAUGCUCCCGAGGGCUUUAGGCGGGGUAAGAUUGUGUUGGGGAAAGUUUCUCAUGGGGAUCCAGUGUUAGAUGGAGAAGUUAAGGCAAACAUUUCUGUGGAGGAUGGAGCCGCUUAUCAAGCUGAUUCUGCUGGAGGCUGGGGGAUAAACCCUGUGCCACUGCAGCAACCCGCAUCUCUGGAGGCCUCAUGGAGACGCUUGACUUCCCUGCAGUGUGGAGAUAACCACAUGAAGCUCAGUGUGAAGCCACCAGGGCUUUCCCACUUGUCAGUGCUGCAAGCUCCUAAUGCAGCUCCAUUGCCUCUGCCCCUUGUGCCCUUAAACUGUGGCUACAAUAUGCAUCGAAAUUCCCUUGGAUUCCUCAUGUAUGUUCCCUAUGGUGGUUGUUACAUACUUCAACAGGCUGGAAGUUAUGUGCUUCCAAUGCAUUGGCAAGGAGUUCCAGUCACCCUCAUAUGCACCAAACAUGUUCCAACUGAUGUCCCAAAGCCAACCACGCUACUACCAUCUGAUCCAGUAGUCACCAAGGGGCCCAAUGUGAGCCAGGUCACCAAGUGGCUGGCUGUCUCCAAAAAUCCAGGUUCCCCCUUGAAAAUUUGGUCCCAAAAUGAGCCCCGGAGCCACGUCCAAUUUCCCCCCCUUAGCCCCAGAUCAUCGAGUGGCCUGCUGAGCCCCAUGGUCCAAUCUCCCCAUCCUGUGCCUUACCUCCCCAAGUGGCCACCAGCGGUGCAUAGCCCUGUCUCCCACCCUGGGCUUCAGAAGCCUCCAGUCCUCCAGGACCCUUUUUUCAAUUUCAAGCUGCCACCACCCCAGAACCCCGUUGUGUCCCAGUACCCCGUCAUGCCACACGUACCUUAUGUGCACAAUUUGCCUCGGCCAUACCAGGUUCCCCAGACGAUGGGCCAGUACCCAUUCUUCAACCCCUACCUCUGGCCCUUCCCAGGACAUCACCCCAGAGCUAGGAACCCGAGCCAAAAGGGCACUACUAAGCCAGCAACUCUGUCAAAAUUUCCCCAUUUUCCUCAUCCUUCUAUCCCGCCAAUGCAAACAACCAGAGCACUGACUACAACUGUGGCACCAGCCACUGACACCACUCUGUUACCAUACAAUCCGUUGUUCCAGUUUCCCCCUGAGAUGAUGCACUACAUCUCCUAUGAAGACUUGCUUGCUGCAAUGUAUGCCAAUCAGUGAAAAUGGCUCAAAUAAAUUGUUCAAACCA